GAGCAAGAUGGCGCUGCGGCCCGGAGCCGGAGCCAGCGGCGCGGCGGGGGCGGGCGCGGGGCCCGGUGGGGCAGGCAGCUUCCUGUUUCCUGUUGCAGGUGGAAUGAGACCCCCUCAAGCAGGCCUGAUGCCAAUGCAGCAGCAAGGAUUUCCCAUGGUCUCUGUCAUGCAGCCCAGUAUGCAAGGCAUGAUGGGAAUGAAUUACAGCUCUCAAAUGUCCCAAGGACCCAUUGCAAUGCAGGCAGGAAUACCAAUGGGGCCAAUGCCAGCAGCAGGUGUGCCUUUCCUGGGGCAGCCACCGUUCCUGGGCAUGCGUCCUGCAGGCCCACAGUACACUCCAGACAUGCAGAAGCAGUUUGCAGAAGAGCAACAAAAACGAUUUGAACAACAACAAAAACUCUUAGAAGAAGAAAGAAAAAGACGUCAGUUUGAAGAGCAAAAACAAAAGCUCAGACUUCUGAGUAGCGUGAAACCCAAGACAGGAGAGAAGAAUAGAGACGAUGCUUUGGAAGCCAUAAAAGGAAACCUGGAUGGGUUUUCCAGAGAUGCGAAGAUGCACCCCACUCCAGCAUCUCACCCCAAGAAACCAGAUUGUCCCACAUCACCUCAUUCUGCUAAAACUUCCUCCCCAUCAUCAGCCUUUCUUGACGAAGACGAAUUCAGUGACUUUAUGCAGGGGCCUGCUGAGGUCCCCGCUUGUGGGCCUUCUUCUGCGGCCCGGCCCUUUCAGUCUUUUCUCCCCACCGCCCCACUUGGCCAGUUGUACACACAGAAGGCUGGGACACAGCCUCUUCCUCCAGGUCAGGUUCCAGUGUCUUUUGCCUUACAUGGUGGCCAUGGGCAAAUUCCUUGUUUGUCCACUGCUUCAGCUUCACACAGUGUGCAGAAAGCAGGCCCUUCCUUGGAAGAGAAGCUCCUAGUACCUUGUGAUAUAAGCACAUCUGGGCAGGAACAAAUUACAUUAAACACUCCUGAAGCUGGGCACAAAGCCGUAGGCCCAGGUUCCAGUAAGAACGGUCCCGGCUUAGCGGCCCGUAACGGGGGUGCUGUAGAUGGAUGUGUAAGUGGUCCCAUCACGGCAGAGGCAGAAAAGACUUCAGAGCCAAACCUGUCAAACGAAGAGAGUGGUGUGGGCGUGUUUCCCUCUCAGGAUCCUGUUCAGCCCAGAAUGCCACCUUGGAUUUACAAUGAGAGUUUGGUUCCAGAUGCGUAUAAGAAAAUUUUAGAAACCACAAUGACUCCAACUGGAAUAGACACUGCUAAACUUUAUCCCAUUCUGAUGUCGUCUGGACUUCCCAGGGAAACUCUUGGACAGAUAUGGGCCUUAGCUAAUCGAACUACACCUGGCAAACUUACUAAGGAAGAGCUCUAUACCGUCCUUGCCAUGGUAGCGGUGACGCAGAGGGGUGUGCCUGCCAUGAGCCCUGAUGCUUUGAACCAGUUCCCAGCGGCUCCCAUUCCUACCUUAAGUGGCUUUCCUGUGACUCUGUCUACCCCAGUGAGCCAGCCGACUGCCAUGCCCUCUGGCCCCACAGGCUCCAUGCCUCUUACCCUCGGACAGCCCAUCAUGGGCAUUAACCUUGUUGGACCAGUGGGUGGAGCUGCAGCGCCAACUUCCAGUGGCUUCAUGCCAGCCUAUCCCUCAAGCCAGGUGGGAAAGACAGAAGAAGAUGACUUCCAGGAUUUUCAAGAUGCUUCAAAGUCAGGAUCCAUUGAUGAUUCUUUCACUGACUUUCAAGAGGUGCCUGCUUCCUCAAAAAACAGUAAUUCCCAGCAUGGAAACAGUGCUCCAUCGCUGUUGAUACCACUUCCUGGAACUAAAGCCUCCACAGAUAAAUACGCAGUGUUUAAAGGAAUUUCCGCCGACAAGCCCUCUGAAAACACGGCUGCAUUUGGAGAGUCUGGUGAUAAAUACAGUGCUUUCAGGGAGCUGGAGCAAACAGCAGAGAGUAAGCCUUUAGGAGAGGGCUUUGCCGAUUUCAGAUCCACAGGAGCCGAUGACGGCUUCACCGACUUCAAGACCGCAGAUAGCGUGUCACCCCUAGAGCCGCCGGCAAAAGAUGCUUUUCCAGCAGCCUUUCCCUCUGGAGCUGCACAGCAGAGACAGACACAGGUGAAAACCCCUCUGAACUUAGCAGACCUAGAUAUGUUCUCCUCAGUGAAUUGCAGUGGCGAGAAAUCGGUGCCCUUUUCAGCUGCGGUUAGCACAUCAAAGUCAGCUUCCACGAGGCCUCAGCCGGCUGGAUCUGCAGCAGCCUUGGCAGCACCGGCACCCACUAAAACUUCUAGUCUGGCAGAUGAUUUCGGAGAUUUCAACCUCUUCGGGGAAUAUUCUAAUCCUGCAUCUGUUGGGGAGCAGGACGACUUUGCAGACUUCAUGGCUUUUGGUAACAGCUCAAUUUCAUCUGAGCCAAAAGCAGAUGACAAAUCUGAAGCCCUCAGAGAGGAAGCGAGCCCCAGCCCCUUAGCCAGCAGCGCAGUGGAGGGCACACAGAACCCGCCUGCGGCGUCUGCCAAGUACGACGUCUUCAAACAGCUCUCCCUCGAGGGAGCUGGACUGGCCAUGGAGGAGUUCAAAGAGAACCCUCAGUCCGCAAAGAGUGACGAUGACUUCGCUGACUUCCACUCCAGUAAAUUCUCAUCCACGAGCUCAGACAAAUCCCUGGGAGAGAAGGCGGUGGCUUUCAGACACGCCAAAGAAGACUCUGCCUCGGUGAAGUCUUUAGACCUUCCCUCCAUCGGUGGCAGCAGCGUUGGCAAGGAGGACUCUGAAGAUGCGCUUUCUGUUCAGUUUGACAUGAAACUGGCUGAUGUGGGAGGAGAUCUUAAGCAUGUCAUGUCUGAUAGCUCUUUGGAUUUACCAACAGUUAGUGGCCAACAUCCUCCUGCCGCAGCAGGAAGUGGGGCCUCCUCAGCCACCUCAAACCUUCAAAAGAAAGAGAUCUCAUUUGGCAGUUCUGAAAACAUCACAGUGUCAUCUCUCUUCAAAGGAACCGCCUUGGCAAGUGAGGAUGCUCUUCCAGAGACUCCCUUCCCAGCUUUUGCCAGCUUUAAAGACAUGAUGCCUCAGACCACUGAGCAGAAAGAGUACGAAAGUGAAGACUUCCAGGAAUUCACAAGGCAGGACCUACCCAUAGUGGACCGGAGCCAGGAGACCGCGUGUCCAAGCCCAGCUUCCAGUGUCGCCUCCCAUGAGACCCCCAAGGAGUGCACAGACGACUUUGGAGAAUUUCAAAGUGAAAAGCCCAAAAUCAGCAAAUUUGACUUUUUAGUAGCCAAUUCACAAAGCAAAAUGAAAUCCAGUGAAGAAAUGAUCAAAAGUGAGCUGGCAACCUUUGACCUUUCUGUUCAAGGAUCACACAAGAGGAGCUUGAGCCUGGGGGAUAAAGAAAUAAGCCGCUCCUCUCCUUCUCCGGCCCUGGAACAGCCUUUCAGAGACCGCUCCAACACUCUGAGUGAGAAGGCAGCACUGCCUGUCAUCCGCGACAAGUACAAAGAUCUGACUGGUGAGGUGGAGGAAAAUGAGAGAUACGCGUAUGAGUGGCAGAGAUGCCUGGGAAGCGCCCUGGCUGUCAUUAAGAAGGCAAACGACACCUUAAAUGGCAUUAGUAGCAGUGCUGUUUGCACAGAAGUUAUCCAGUCAGCCCAAGGCAUGGAAUAUCUCCUAGGUGUCGUGGAAGUGUACCGAGUAACCAGGCGCGUGGAACUGGGGAUAAAAGCCACUGCCGUGUGCAGUGAGAAGCUCCAGCAGUUGCUGAAGGACAUCGAUAAGGUGUGGAACAACCUAAUCGGCUUCAUGUCGCUCGCCACACUCACACCAGAUGAAAAUUCACUGGAUUUUUCCUCCUGUAUGUUACGGCCUGGGAUUAAAAAUGCUCAGGAGCUGGCUUGCGGGGUGUGUCUCUUAAAUGUGGACUCCAGGAGCCGGAAAGAAGAGAAGCCUGCAGAAGAACAGCCUAAAAAAGCAUUCAACUCGGAAACAGACAGUUUCAAGCUGGCCUAUGGAGGACACCAGUACCAUGCCAGCUGUGCCAACUUCUGGAUCAACUGUGUUGAACCCAAGCCUCCCGGCCUCCUCCUGCCAGAUCUGCUCUGAAAAGCUGCUCAGUGAAGCUCCAGAUGACUUUUGGUUAUUUCUGUCACAUGACUUGGGGUGACAGGGAUCAAUAAAUAGAAUGCAAGCACUGCAAAGUUCCCUUCCAUCAGUCUCUUUGAAGUAUUCCCCAAGAGGUAGGGUGGAAAGCUGCCCAUCAGACAACCUUUGAUCACUGCUUCUGCCUGCCCCUCUUUGAGACUUGAGGUAAAUAGCUAAACCCAAACUGCACGAGGCACCGGACACUUACUUGCUUAUCUUCCUCUCGUUUUUUAUUUUGAUGUUGGUUUGAUUUUUUUUUUUUUUUUUUUAAGGAUAGGGUCUUGAUGCAUACCCCUGGCUGACCUUGAAUUUGCAGCAGUUCUCCUGUCUCUGCCUCCCUAGUGCUGGAUCACAGGCAUGUGACACCAUAUCCUGUCUCUUUUGUUCACUUAAGAUAUUUUAAAAUGUGGACCACAGUUCUCUGUGAGGAGUAAUCUGCUGCUAAAGUGUUUAAGAUGUGAAAAAUUAACAAAAGAAGAAAAAAUACAUUAUCCCCGGACUAGAGUCUGCAAGUUUGUGUCCAGCCAGUUCUCGUUUAUAUCUCCAACAUUACGGUCCCAGGAAGCACAGCGCAUUUCACUGCAUUCUACGUGAGAUGAAUAAAAGGGGACUCAUGAUUAAGCCCACGCUGUCCUGGUAAAGAAAACACUGCUCGCUCGCUGGUCUCCACUGGAUGGCAGCAGGCAAGGAGGACACUGCAGUCACCUCUCAUCACACCUCAUCCUCUUCCCUUCCCUGAAACUCAGCGCUCAAGGAGCCCCUCCCUGCUUUGACAGUCCCAGAGUCUGUGUCCUGCAUGUCCUUCUCCUUGGAGCCUUUAUUGAGAACAUGCUGCUUGACUUCAGCAUCAAGUCUGGCACAAAGCGCGGUGUUUUCCCUUCAGACAAAAUCUGUAACAGCCGUGGGAUGAAAUCUUUUUAUAGUGACCUCUCUCCACACUCCCAAAGAUGACUGCACAGAGCCAGCAAUGCUGUACUUUGCAGGGUUUCAGGAGAUACCCGAGAAUGGCCUCAGGGUGAGAGUGGAGUUCUGGCCUUCCGCAGUGGCUCUCAACCUUCUAAUGCUGUGACUCUUUAAGACAGUUCCUCAUAUUUAUUGUGACAUCCCCUAGCCACAAAAUUAUUUUCCUUGCUCCUUCGUAACUGUAAUGUUGCUACUGUUCUGAAUAAUAAUGUAAAUACAUGUGUUCUCCAAUGAGGUGACCCCUGUGAAAGGACUGUUCUACCCCCAGCCCCAGGAGUCACAGCCCAUAGGUUGAGAACCACUGACCUAGUGAGAAGAACAAUAAGGGAGGGGUGUGUGUGCGUGUGUGUAUCUCAGAUGCAGCAGAGGAAAGCAGUUACCAACAGCUCUGAAUUUUCAAAGGAAAAGGUUCAUGCUGGUGUAGAAGUUUGUCACAUAAAGAAAACGCAUAAAACUAUGAAAAGAAAAGCUCAAGUGGUUGAAGGGUGUAAUUCUCAGGAGAAGCCAAGCAGUCUGGGACACCUGUUUCUCUGGCACGUUGGCUUUGGGCUUUGGGAAGGACUUUGCAUCUUACAGGCCUCACUGACCUUAGUUUUUAUUUGGAAAUCUACAAUGUCGGCUUUUGCCUCUCUCACUGCUGCCUUUGCAUGACUCGCCAUCUCCCCUUCCAGGACAGAAGCUAAGGGCAUUCUGUAUUGCUCCACCUUGUUCCUGUGUAUUUUCUCCAAGAGAUGGAUUCUUUUCUGUUGAUGCCGCUUCCCCUUGGCCUUGCUGUAGACCAGAAUGCAGGGAGAAGAGCUGAUGUAUCCAUUCACUCAUCUGCCCCUCCCACACGAUGUCAUCUCCAGCUUCCAGCGUCCAGGCAGCGGUCUGUACUGUGACCACAUGGCCUUUCCCUCCCCAGGCCUGUGGGCUGCGAGGCUCCACACACACGGGUGGACUGGUUUUCAGCAGGCUUUUCUGCUGAACUCACUAGUGUCUCACCAUGGCCCAGAGUAACAAACGGGCCUCCAGUCUGUAUUCUAGAUUAUUUCCUUGUAGAACCUGUAAUAGGAUUGACCUUAGCAUUAAGAAUGUUCCCAGUGUAGCUGCGUUCACACUGCUGAAGCACUUUCUGGAAAUGCUAUGGGAGCCUUCUGCACAGUGGCUGGUAUCGAUGGCAGCUGCUAAAGUACCUGUUAGCUAGAUUGUCGCCACUCCUAGAUGUAGUCCAGAACGCCUAAGUUAAAAUCUCUUACUAUCGAGUUAGUCACUCCUCAGGAAGUGCCAGAGGAGAAGUCAGUGGAUGUAAGCAAAAAGCCUUUACCAUGAAAGUAUUGACUGUUUAAUGCUUCAAACGUUUAGUUGGAUAACCCCGCCAGAAGUUUGGGGAGUGCAGAAUAUCAGCCGGCCGAUUUUGUUUGCAUGUGUGUAUUAAAAUGACUCACAAUGCAUUCAGCUUCACCUCGGCUCAGCUCUUGUUAGCCAAGAGCCCGGUGUCCUUGGAAACAGUAACCAAGGUUACUCAUCUCCGCACUGUGCUUUGUGUUAGGCAGUUUCACCCACUGCCUGAGCGGCCAUUAAUAAGCACUUGGUUGGGUGCUGUGCCUCGCGUUUUCUGCCCUGUGGACUGGUGUGUGACCUGUGUGGGCAUGCUUGAGACAGAAGAGGCUCCAGGCGCACUCGGGUCAUCGGAGCUUUCCUUCUCUGAGUCUGCCAGCUAGCUUCCCAUCUGGGAAACACGUCUUAAUGUUUUCUGUUGCUAUACAUAUUUUAGGUGUUUGGAUUUUGCUUGUUUUUAUUUUUGGUCUUAUUUCCAGUUUUUUUUUUUUUUCUAUUUAUGUGUCAUCAAAAAGAUUUCUUGAAAACAGAAGUCUGAAAGGCUUGCUUUGCGUCUUGGGCUGCUCUAAGAAUUCUAGUACCUUUGAGGUCAGACACCCUUUGGGAACAGUUAACGAAUGAACUCUGACAUUCAUCAUGAAGAAGGGGCCAUUGCAACCUGUUGCAAACAUCCCAGCCGAUGCCAGAUGGUGGUCAAGAUGUGUGUAGUGUGUGGCUUUACGUCUAGACUAGGUCCAUUUCCUUGGAAAAGGGUGCACCAAAUAAUAUUGAAAAGCCCUCUCUCUCCACAGUCCAGCCAAGGAAAUAAAUAGGGCUUAUGUGAAACAGCUCGAUCUUAAGCCACUUUGCCUCUCUAACAAAGUAUCAUAAUAAAAAUUUUACCUAGUUCCAUUCUUCAUAUGGCGAAAAUAGUGCAAGUGGCUUAAGAGCAUUUACCUGUGAUCUCUCACGUCAGAGCCAUAACAGAGUAACCUGGUGAAUGUCACAAGCCCCCCAAAGCAGCUGUCUUAGGUGUGAUGUGGAACACGGUCCAUAUGUUAAAGGAUGGCAUGUACAAAGCUUUUCUCCUCUGUCUACAUUCUAAUAAACAACUGCUCUGAUUGCUGUGUGUA